CUCAAUUCACUGCCUCUUCCUUUCUUUGGGUCCGAGGAUUUAUGUAUGUCGCAUACCCCCCGUUUCAUCUCUUCAAUGGACUCUCUUUCUAUAAAGCCUUGUCCCCUCCAACUACCUCAUCCACUCGCUCUCUCCUUCCCCUCCUUGGCCUCGACCCAUGCUCUGUCAUGAGCUGCGCCUGUUUCCCCUCAUAAAUGGAUCACGCUUAGCAGAUGUCCAUGAAUGAAUCUCACUCGGGUAGAGGACUAGGUUUCGCGAUCAGGACUCUGUUUCGCUCCUCCCCAUCGCCCUCCCCGACUCCUACCCCGCGACACCGAGUCUCUCUCCUCCGUCGUGGUCGGAGUAUAUUUUCCAGCAGGAAUUCUCGAAACUCGAGUAAACCUUCGUCCGGAUCCCCAAUGCAUGACUUCCAGCAAUUCAACUCGGCUGCGAUGGUGGGACUGGCCCAAGCGUCUGCAGGCGACAACUUUGACAUCUUCCAAUGGCACCCUCGAUACCAAAGCUGCCAGCGAUACUUUCUAGAUCAUGCGCAACACAGUGAUGCAGUCCAAGCGCUCUCUGCUUUCUUGAACAUCCGUCUCCCGUUCCAAUGGCAAUCGAAUCCUGUCGUAAACUCUCAUGCCGACCCAUCCCGAUCCGCCGCUAGCCAGUCAUCUACAUCCUCACCUGCCUCGAAUCUACCUCCCUCUGUCUCAUUGAUUCCAUACAUCCGCCGCCUGGUGGCCACGGGAAUGGAUUUCCCUGGCGUGUUGCAUGGGUUUUUCGGGGACGAAUGGGGUGCGGGCAUUGGACCUCUACACGAGCAGGAACGGCGCAAUUACCUGUUCGCCGCGAAGAGUGGUGGCUGGGCGGCCGUUAAAAAGGACUAUGACAUGCCACCGCUCGAAACAAUUCCGUUCCUACGUCCCUUACAGGGGCCGCUAGAUUCGGAGAUUGAGGCGGCGGAGCGGAGUUGGAGCGAAUGGCUCGCCAUGGAAGACUGGAUGGUAGGGCCUCGAGCGCCUGACGUUCUUCGAGACUCAUCCUCACAAAUUUCACGACAUCACAGCUCACGAGGGUAAUUCUUUAUUAUAGGGUGCUGGGGCUUCUUUCUGGCUUUUUUCCUUUCUUCUUUUCUGCAUACUUUUGCUAUCUGCUUUUCUGUCCCAUUUACACUGCUUUAACCCAACACUAGCCACGCUGGCGGUAGCACGGAGUUGGUGAGUCUCAUAGCAUGAGAUAACGAUCAUACG